AUGAGCAAUAAUAACACUGCAGAGAGACUAGGUUCCUUGGAAUCUAGUGUCAAAGAGCUCACCGAGAGAAUGGAUAUUUGCGAGCAGAAAAUCGAUGAUUUAGCUUCUGGCUUUGACAAUAUGAAGGUAUCUGAUCCUCACUCUGGAGUCUACCCUACACCAAAACGCAUCAACGGUAGAGAUCAACGGUUUGAUACUAUCAAAGAUAUUAUACAGAAGGAGUCCAAGAUAUCUGCGGUCCAAGCCGAACUUCGACUGGAAAAUUUCGUUCCAGUUGUACACGAACUCUUGAGGACCUACAUUCAAAAAAUUCGAAACACUCGAGCAAGAAUUCCUCUCCGCUGGAGUGAUGUGAGCGACGACGACAAGGAAAGGAUAUACCAUUUAAUUGAAGAGGGCGCAAAUGAACACAAUAUUACGUUGAAUCUUUGUGAAAAGUCUUGGGGAGCUAGGUGUUUAGCGCAACCUCAAUGGGUCAAGGCUCGUAAUGCUGUAUUUUCUAUGGGAUCUGGCAACUCGAAGACUUCAAAAUAA